UCAGCUGUCCAGCAACCUCCCAUGGCUCUACUUACGCCUCCCAUUUCACUCCACCUCCACCAUCACCAUCAUCUCCAACCUCCCGCCAUAUGGAUAAACAGUGCUCAAUGGCCAGAACGCAGACGCUCUAUUCCUUCAAUCUUCAUUCCAAAUGCAUCUCUUUCUCUAUCCCUCCAAACCCAUCAUAGGCACUCAGUGAAUGAGUUCCCUUUCUUCCAUCAGAUAACGAGCCUUUGCCAAGUGGGAAAUCUAGCUCAAGCUUUGACUCUUCUUCGAGACAGCAUCAGUGGCGAACCUUCGGAUUCAUUGCAUGUCAAAGAAGCUUUGGGCGUGUUGUUACGGGGUUGUGGCCAACAAACGGACAUCGAAGUCGGGAGGCAAGUUCACAAAUUGGUGUCGACUUCGACCCAGUUUAGAAAUGACUUUGUUCUUAAUACCCGCGUUAUCACCAUGUAUUCUAUGUGCGGUUCUCCUUUGGAUUCUCGCUCUGUUUUUGAUAGUUUACAGAGGAAGAAUCUGUUUCAGUGGAAUGCGAUUGUUAGUGGGUACACGCGAAAUGAGCUUUAUCAUGAUGCAUUGAAGAUGUUUCUGGAAUUGCUUUCGAAUGCCGAGUUUAUACCUGAUAAUUUUACUUUGCCUUGUGUUAUUAAGGCAUGUGGGGGGAUUUUGGAUGUGCGGUUAGGACAGGUGGUUCAUGGGAUGGUGGUGAAGAUGGGUUUAAUUGAUGAUGUGUUUGUGGGUAACGCUUUGAUUUCUAUGUAUGGUAAAUGUGGGUAUGUUGUUGAUGCGGCGAAAGUGUUCGAGGUUAUGCCUGAGAGAAACUUGGUUUCAUGGAAUUCAAUGAUUUCUGUGUUCUCUGACAAUGGAUAUUCUCAAGACGGUUUCUGUUUGUUUUCGGAGAUGGUGGCGGGUGAGAAAUGUUUAAUACCGGACACGGCAACGCUGGUUACUGUAUUGCCUGUUUGUGCUGGUGAAGGAGAGGUAGAAACGGGAAUCUUCAUUCAUGGCUUGGCAGUGAAACUGGGGUUAGAUCAGGAAGCAACAGUGAAUAAUGCACUAGUUGACAUGUAUUCCAAAUGCGGCUACUUAUUAGAAGCUCAACUUUUGUUUGAUAAAAAUGGCAGCAAGAAUGUGGUUUCUUGGAAUACAAUGAUUGGUGGUUUCUCCACAUGUGGAGAUGUUCAUGGGACUUUUGAUGUUCUGCGGAAAAUGCAGAUGGAAAAGGAAGUGAAGGCAAAUGAAAUCACCAUUUUAAAUGUUUUGCCAGUUUGUGUGGAGGAACUUCAGUUGUUGAAGUUGAAGGAACUUCAUGGUUAUUCAUUCAGGCAUGGGUUUCAAUAUGAUGAAUUGGUAGCCAAUGCUUUGGUUGCUGCCUAUGCAAAAUGUGGGUCACUGAGUUAUGCGCAAGAUUUAUUUAGUAGCAUAAGGAGAAAGACAGUGAGCUCUUGGAAUGCGUUGAUAGGUGGAUAUGCUCAGAAUGGUGAUCCUAGGAUGGCGUUAGAUUUAUAUCGUCAAAUGAAAAUUUCAGGAUUUGAACCAGAUUGGUAUAGCAUUGGUAGUCUACUUUUAGCUUGCACCAAUCUGAAAUCACUACCCUAUGGCAAAGAGAUACAUGGUUUUGUGCUUCGAAAUGGAUUUGAAUCAAAUUCUAUUAUAGACAUCUCAUUGCGAUCACUU